AUGAAGGCCUCCAUCUGCGCCCUCGGCGGGGCGUGGGCAUCCAAUGCUGCCUUUCGCCGUCGCCGAGACGUCAACGGGUCGUCUUCAGGCUUGCCAUCUCUCAGCCGCUCACAACAGCCAGCCGCAGCGGUACGACCACGAUGGCUGAGUGCUCAGGCCAGCAGCACCACGGCUGUGCCGCCAUCCUUUGCCUUUGCCUUUGACAUCGACGGCGUGCUGCUCCACGUCGCCAAGCCCAUCCCCGGCGCCCGUGAGGCGCUCGAGUACCUGCAGGACAACAACAUCCCGUUCAUCCUGCUGACCAACGGCGGCGGCAAGCACGAGCACGACCGGGUGCGGGACCUCAGCGACAAGCUCGGCGUGCAGCUGACGGUCGACAACUUUGUGCAGUCGCACACGCCAUUCCAGGAGCUCGUGCGCGCGGGGCCCGACAGCCUCAGCGACAAGACGGUCUUCGUGACGGGCUCGAACGCGCAAAAGUGCCGCGCGAUUGCCGAGCAGUACGGCUUCCGCAGCGUCGUCACGCCGGCCGACAUUCUGACGGCGCACCCGGAGAUCUGGCCCUUUGAGCCGCUCAUGGAGGAGGUGUACCGUACGACGGCGCGGCCGCUGCCCAGGCCGCUGCACGGGCCGGGCGUCGCCGACGCCGACGCGCUGACGAUCGACGCCAUGUUCGUCUUCAACGACCCGCGCGACUGGGCGCUCGACGUGCAGCUCAUCCUCGACCUGCUGCUGUCGCGCCGCGGCAUCCUCGGCACCUACUCGGACCGCAACGGCGACGCGUCGCUGCCCAACGCCGGCUGGCAGCAGGACGGCCAGCCGCCGCUCAUCCUGUCCAACGCGGACCUGCUGUGGUCGACGGGCUACCACCAGCCGCGGCUCGGCCAGGGCGCCUUCCAGGAGGCCAUGGCCGGCGUGUGGGCCAAGGUCACCGGCGGCACGCCCCUGCGGCGCACGGCCUUUGGCAAGCCGUCGCCCGAGACGUACCGCUACGCCGAGCGCGUGCUCAACGAGCACCGCGCCGCGCUGCUGGCGCGGCAGGGGCGCGAUGCCGAGGCGUCGACGCCGCUGCGGACGGUGUACAUGGUCGGCGACAACCCCGAGAGCGACAUUCGCGGCGCCAACGAGUACCGCAGCGAGCAGGGCACGAACUGGGCGUCGGUGCUCGUGCGGACCGGCGUCUGGCAGGCGGACCGUGGCGAGAGCGCGUACCCGCCGACGGCCAUUGUGGACGAUGUCAAGGCGGCGGUGGCGUGGGCGCUGGCGAGGGAGCAGUAA